AUGGACGAACAACCAAGUUGUUCAAAGAGAAGACAGCAAUAUUCUGAUGUUGAUUCCAAAAAUGAAAAGUCGCAAACGAGACGGAAAAUGUUAACGUCAGAGGAGAAGGUAGUGAUACGAUAUGAAGGAAUUGUCAGCACAAAAGUGGCAUCAAAUGUUAGCCAAGAGGUCGACAUUUGUAGCAGUUUAGCAAAAGUAUCCGGUAUCUGUAUUUAUCGUAGCCUCAAAAAUACAUCGGAAAAUAAAAAGCAAGGAAGAUGUAAAAUGAGAGGAUGUAUUUUAAGUGUCACCAAAACACUUCCUACACUAUUAGAAUACAGCGACGCCGCACAUUGGGAACUUCCUAAAGAUGUAGUUGUAGUGGUGGAAAAUAAUUCAAGCAAACAUUACGACAACCCCAGUUUCGUCGCUUCAGUCACAGAUGGCGCUACUGCGGAACCUGAAUAG